UUUUGUUGCAACGGAGUCGCAGCAGCUACGACUUGAACGACGGAGUCUUCUUAGAAUGAAUAUUUAGCUAAACCCAUUAGCCAGACUCAAAAACAUAUUCAGCGGUUUCAAGUGUAAUAUUCUCAGGCAUUUUCCUCGAACUUUGCGCCCUGGAGAGGGUGCCACCGCAAGCCCAAAUACAUGUCGCUGGACUUCCUACCCGAGUGUGCUGCUAGCUAGCUAACAGUAGCAGGCUAGCUGACGACAAUCAUUUCUACAGUAACCAUCUUGCCAAACAGGCUGUUCAGGGGCAUCAGGAACUCGCUCAUCGUAGCUUUGACAAUCCGCACAGCAAGUGCUGCCGACUGCGGUCACCAACUACGGACGAAAGUAGCCCAAACCAAUGUUAAGCCAUCUUACACGGAGUUAACUAAAUCUAGGGUCUCCGAAAGUCGGUGCCCUGCCUUCCAAUUUCGCGCCAAGAAGAGUAGUAUUGUUGUGGAAGGUGAGCCCCAUCAGCACCGUGCGUACAAGCUCGCGAUGCCCCCUCCUACGGUCAGCAGUAAAGCUCGGGUCUACACCGAUGUCAACACGCAGAAGACCAGGGACUACUGGGACUACGAUGCACACGUGCCAAGCUGGAGUAAUCAGGACAACUACCAGUUGGUACGGAAGCUGGGCCGAGGGAAAUACAGCGAGGUGUUUGAAGCCGUCAACGUCAGCAACAAUGAGAAAGUGGUGGUUAAAAUCCUCAAGCCUGUCAAGAAGAAGAAGAUCAAGCGAGAGAUUAAGAUCCUGGAGAACCUGCGUGGUGGAACCAACAUCAUCCGCCUGGUGGACACAGUGAAGGAUCCUGUGUCUAGAACGCCAGCACUUGUCUUUGAGUGCAUCAAUAACACAGAUUUUAAGGAGCUUUACCAGAAGUUAACAGACUUUGAUAUUCGUUUCUAUGUGUACGAGCUUCUCAAGGCUCUGGACUACUGCCAUAGCAUGGGGAUCAUGCACAGGGAUGUCAAACCACACAACGUCAUGAUCGACCACCAGAUGAGAAAGCUGCGUCUCAUAGACUGGGGUCUGGCUGAGUUCUACCACCCAGCUCAGGAAUACAACGUCAGGGUGGCCUCCCGUUAUUUUAAAGGACCAGAGCUGCUAGUGGACUAUCAGCUGUAUGACUACAGUCUGGACAUGUGGAGUCUAGGCUGCAUGUUGGCCAGCAUGAUCUUCCUGAAAGAGCCAUUCUUCCAUGGCCAGGACAACUACGAUCAGCUGGUCCGCAUCGCUAAGGUUCUUGGGACAGAUGAGCUGUUUGGCUACCUACACAAGUACCACAUUGAACUGGACACACGUUUCAAAGACCUCCUGGGACAGCAGACAAGGAAGCGCUGGGAGCAGUUUGUCCAGACAGAGAACCAGCACCUGGUGACCCCUGAGUCCCUGGACCUGCUGGACAAGCUGCUACGCUACGACCACCAGCAGAGACUGACCGCUGCUGAGGCCAUGCAGCAUCCAUACUUCUAUCCAGUGCUGAAUGAACAGUCCAUCUCCAACACAGACACCAAGGCAAUAAGUGGAUCCAAUGCAACAUGAUGGACAGAGAGGAGGAAAACCUUUGUUACCUCAACUUGUGACCCUUUCGUGGCAGAAACGAUCUGCCUCCAAGUCUACAGCCAUACUGGAGCAAGAAGUCAACUUGCAACACACACAACACUCUUGGAUAAAACCUAAAUCUUUCACAACGUGGGUACUAGCGUUGCUUGGCCCCAGUCACACACAACGUAUCGGAUCCAAGCUAUGAGGUGUGAUAUUCCCUCCUAGAACUGCCCCCCGAAAUCCCUGCUCGCUCCCCACCCCACCCAGCUCAACUCCCCUGUUUUCAAAUAAGCUGAUGUCAGAUGUGAUACAGAGACUGACUCCAGGUCAGUUUGGCACUGGUGUUGUGCUGUGAGAUGUGUGUUGGUCAGUAUGGAGCUGCACUGGCCUGGGGUCAGAGCUAUAAUAGCACUGAGUGGAAUGGAGGCUCUUUUCUGCUAUGGAUAGAACAAAUACUAUAUUAAAGAGAAUAAACCAUUUUUAUUUAAA